UUGGGCGCUGUUCAGUUAGAAAUUUCAUAUCACUUGUCUAUGUUUAAUAACAUUGUGUGGGUGUGUGUAAAACAUAUGCUUGGACAUAACUAUUUCAAGUUAUUUCAGAUUGUAAAAUCUUGUUUGUUGAAAGUGAAUUAACAAAAUGGCGACAUCUGGAAUUUCUAGAAAUUCUGAUGUGGUUAUGUAUUAUUGUUGUACAAUCUGCAAAACAGAGCGGUCUGUAGAAAUAGAUGCAGAUUUUUACUGUAAAAAAUGUCUUAAAUACUUCUGCAGAACAUGUAUAAACUCCCACAGACAGCAUGGUAGGUGGUUUUAUAAAAAAACACCUUAUGGAAAGGAUAAAAUAAGGAAGUGGCCACUUUCUAAGAAGAUGGAGACUUCUCUUUUAAUAUGCAUCAUACACAAGCGUGAAAAGUUAACAAUGUUCUGCCCGGACCACAAUCAUCUGUGCUGCUCUAAAUGUGUUGAGCUUAAUCACAGACUAUGCGUACAAGUAACUCCAUUACCUCAGGCUGCCGGAGGGAAGUCAACCAACUUCAAGAACCUGUCUGUCAGCACAGAAAAUACUCUUUCACAACUGAAACAAUGUCAGACGUGUCAGGAGGACAGAAUCAAGUCUCUUAAGGUUUCAUACAAAGAACAUGAGAGGCUUAUUGUGGAUGGUUUGCGUGUGAAUAUAGUAUCAUAUUUACGCGAAUGUGAAACCAGCACAGUUAAUACAACACAUAAACAUAUGCAAUACCCAAUCAGUGAAAUGCGUGAGGAAAUCAAAUAUUUAUUAGCAGAUUUUGAGAAAAGCACUAUUAAGGAGAAGAAAGAAGAGCUAAACCUGAAACAAGCUCCUCUCAAGGUUGUGAGAAACAGCUGCAUUAGACUUCACUAUGAAUUGUUCCAUCUCCAUGUAGCCAUACCGAAAGUACUGGGUAAAGAACUCUCUUUUAUUGCCAGUAAAAAAUGUCUGGAAAAUAUACAACAGUCUAAUAUAUUCAUAAAAGAGAACUUUCCAAACCAUGUUUUCACUGUGAAUGGGAAGUCUGUGCACAAUGUAAAAAUGCCAAGUGAAUCAGGCACAUGUCAUAUCACAGCAGUAUGUGCUCUCCCAAAUGGACAGGUCCUGGUUGCAGACUACAUAAAUAAGAGAGUAAAGCUUCUGAACCAGCAGUACCGUGUGGUGAGCCACUUGGAUGUAAGGGAUGGAUUCAUAGAGGACAUGUGUCUUAUCACACCCACUGAGUUUGCAGUGGCUAUGUCGAAUAAAGAGGUCCAGUUUAUCACAGUAAGCCAGAGCCAGCUUGCCAAAGGCAGGAAGCUUAAGUUACAACAUUAUUGUGCAGGUAUUGCCCACAACCAGAGUGACCUAUAUAUCUGCUCUGGUACUGCUCUGUACAAGUUCACAUUGAGUGGCGAACUGGUCUGCAGACUUUAUGAAGAUUCAUCAGCUGAUGUUACAGUAUUCAAGUGUGCUGUGAGUCCCACAGGAGACAGGCUGUACAUCACCAGCUACUGGCAGGACGAGCUUCUCACCCUGGCCAGGGAUGGCACACUCCUGGCUACAUACACAGACCCAGCACUAUGGCGCCCAGUGGGUCUACAUGUGACCCCUGCAGGCCAGGUGCUGGUCUGUGGUAGCCGGUCCGACACUGUACUACAGGUGGGCUGGGAGGGGCAGAGUAAGCUGGCUACUCUUGCUACUCAGAAGGAUGGAGUGAAGUUCCCAUGGUCAGUCUGCUACAGCAGCAUAACAUCAUCCAUCAUUGUGGGACAGCUGGGGGACAACAUCCUGGUGUUCAGAGUGGAAUAGUGUGUACAUGUAUGUAUUAGUUGUUGUUAUUAGUGAUUAGUAUUUCAAUGACAAUGUGUUGUUUAGCAUACGAACAUAGUAGUGUGUGAUGUUACAAUACAACAUUGUUUGUGUAGUUAAAGAUACAAAUAAUUUAUGUGCACAUAUUGUUAUCUGAUUAUACAAUGUGAGGGUUUUUGUUGGAACAUAAGAUGUAAUGCAUAUUAUGUUAUGUUGUCAUAACAUUUGUGUCAUAAU